AUGGCGCUGCCGCUUCCUGACGUCCAGUCCAUUUGGGACUGCACUUACUUCAACCGCACGGUCCUUCCAUUUCUCCCGCAGCUGACGACCUUGCCUGAAAGACUCCAGGUUGUCGCGGCAGCGAAAGAUGCGCAAGGUCUGAAGGAGAUCUACCUCUCCACGAACCCAUUUGUCUCAGCACUUGGUCUCUGCCUGGCGCUGUCGGCUUUCUUCCUUGUUUUCUCGGAGCUGAACCGCAACUGGUCGCAAGUUGAUCGCUUCUGGAGUAUCCUCCCCGCAGUUUACAAUGUGCAUUUCGCCGUUUGGGCGCGCAUGUCGGGCCUCCGCACCGAGGCGCUGGACACCAUCGCCGCUCUCGCCGUACUCUGGAGCAUCCGCCUGACGUUCAACUACUGGCGCAAGGGCGGCUACAAGAUCGGCUCCGAGGACUACCGCUGGGAGGUGGUGCGCGCCAAGGUCAACAACCGGUUCAUCUUCUUCCUGUUCAACGUGGUCUUCAUCUCCCUGACGCAGAGCCUGCUCCUGCUCCUCAUCACGGCGCCGACCUACAACUUCCUCCUGCUCUCGCGCCUCCCGCACAUGAAGUCGUUCGAGCUGCCCGACCUGAUCUUCUCGCGCGUCGCCUUCUUCUUCCUCAUCAUCGAGUACUUCGCCGACCAGCAGCAGUGGGCCUUCCACUGCGCCAAACACGAGUACCAGAAGUCCGCCCGCAUCUCCGGCCAGUACAAGUCGCAGUUCACCCCCGAGGACCUCGAGCGCGGCUUCGUCGUCAGUGGCCUGUGGUCCCUGUCGCGCCACCCCAACUUCGUCGCGGAGCAGGCCAUCUGGCUCACUCUCUACCUGUGGAACUGCUACCGCACCGAAACCUACCUCCAGUGGACCGGACUCGGCGUGCUGGGCUACCUGCUCAUCUUCCAGGGCAGCGUUCGUCUCACCGAGGCCAUCAGUGCGAGCAAGUACCCCGAGUACAGCGAGUAUCAGGCGCGUGUUGGACGCUUUAUUCCCCGGUUCUCUGUGAAGCCCAAGUACAAGGGCGGCAAGAAGAAGACCCGUCCCGCCAAGGAGAGCGUCGGUGAGGGCGAACAGACGGCUGUGGAGAAGAAAAGUCAGUAA